CGGGGGGGGAUUUAAGUAGUAAAUAGCGCAUAUGCUUGUGGAAUUCUGCAAAAAUUCAAAAUGGAAUUCCACCUUGGACUUGUUUUUCACCAUCUGCUCAUAGGUCUACAUCUUCACUCUUAGUGCCUCCACUUGUUGUCAUCCAUGUUGAACCAAACCUAUAAGUCUAUGUUAGAUGAUGCACUUGUGUACAUGUCCAAAAAGGCAAAAAUACUAGAUUUUCUGGUUUAGAAGUCAAUGGUCUGUGUGAGAGACCCGUGCUAAAUGAGGUCUCUACAGUCUGUUUGGCUAAGUACAAUUUUUAAAGCAAUUUUAUUUUAUACAGCUUAUUUUUUAAACAAAAUAAACCAAUGAAAAUAAGCUUAUCCAAGCACACCCCCAGAGAAUUUGGCAGGAUGUGAAUAUCAACAUCAUUGAGUCUUUUGAUUUUUUUUUUAUUUUUAUUUUAUUGAGAUCUUGGUGUUUAUCCAUCUCUGAUGUGUUCAUUUAAAUCAAAUGAUUUGUUUCCCUAUUUUUGGGCUAACAUUAGUAUUCCUACAUUUGGACUUGAUUGUCAUCGUUUGAGUCGGAUGCAGCUAAUCCAUUCAUGUGUAGAGGAGACACUAUAAUAGUUCGUCUCUUCUUGAGAUGUGUGACCUCUUCAUUAUGUGUGCCCCACGGUUGACAUAAUUGUCUGGAAAUCCUGUUGCUUCAUCCACGGUGGUAGCCAAACAUGGUCCUUGCCUUUGAGCAAACUUCAAAUUGCUCUUAAUCUCUCUUGUGAUUUCGCUACUUAUAUAUAUAUAUAUAUAUAUAUAAAUAAAAUAAAAAAAAUAAAAAAUAAAAAAUUCUUAUGAUUUCUCGUAGACAAUCUUAAAUUCUUGAUUAGAGCAAGGUGUUUUGAUCUCUUUGGACUUAAGGUGAUUGUUCAGGGUUCUGUUUUUUUGAGGAGUGCAAGAUCCUUUAUCAACAUGCUGCCCAAUCUUUUGGAGCAAGAUGGAUACUUUGAGGAAGUUGAGAAAAAGGGUUGGCUGGUCUCCAUACAGGGGUGGUGGUAGAAAAAGUGGCAGGCCAUAUAGAGGAGGUGGCCGUGGAAAUUUUGGCCAACACCAUCCCAGGUCAAGUGGCUCUGGUCCAUCUUUCCGUGGGAGAGGACGUGGUCGUGGUAGGGGUGGUCCUCGACACUUCCCUUCUCACGGUGCUUCUUCAACGUCUUCACAUCCAGAACCUUCUGCCACUGAGGAUGCAGAGUCAACAGAUGAUGGGGCAGAACCCUCUGCUGAUGCACCUGAAGGAGUAGCUCAAGCUGCAGUGCCACCUGAGCCAUCAUCAUCUGCACAAUCACAGGGGAAGAUAGAGCAUAAUCGGCGACCCCCACAGGCUGCUUGGUGUGAGCUUUGUAGGGUGGACUGCACUAGUGUGGAGACCCUUGAGCAGCACAAGAAUGGAAAGAAGCAUAAAAAGAAUUUGCAGAAGCUCGAAGAGUUAAAAAAUGCUGUCAAACUGGGGGCUGAUAUGCCAAAUGAGCAGAAUCCCACAGCUGAGUCUGAGCAAAAAGUGUCUCAGAAGCUUGGGUGUGCACAGAAUGGUGAAGUGGACACACAAAUGGAAAAUUUACCUGCUAUAGCUGUUACUAAUGAAAAUAAAGAGGAGGCUGAACAGCAAACUAAUACUGUUGAACAGCCUGAAGUUCCUGUGCAGGAGACAUCUGAUUUGCAAGGAAGGAAUCCUAUGAUGGAUCGGUUUGACAAUAGGAGGCAUGGCAUGAAGCGUAAGAUGAGGGGUGGUAGGGGAGGAAAGCGCUUGAGAACUUUUGAAUCUCCAAGGCAGCAUGCUGAACCUCCUAAACCGAAAGUGGUAAUUCCUUUAAUCUGUGACUUGUGCAAUGUCAAGUGUGACACGCAGGAGGUUUUUGACUGCCAUCUUUCUGGCAAAAAGCACCUUGCUAAGCUUAAACGAUUUGAAGGUCAUCAAGCCAUGUAUGGGCCAAUGGGGCUUCAGGCUCUUUACCCCCCUAACCCAAUUGCACAGACUCUUUUUCCUCAAGGCCAUCAACAACCUUAUUAUGCCCCCCCGGGUUCUCUUCCUUCAUCAGGGCCAUAUGUGACUCCCCAAGCUCAACAAGCAGCAUCCACAGCUAUAGGUACAGAUCCCCAAUUUCAACAACAUCCCAAUCACCAAGUUUCAGAAGCCUUUCUUGAAUCUGGUAGCCAUAAUGCUGUUACAGUGACGCCCAAUUCCCAGCAGCAAGAAGCCAUUGUAGAACCAGAAAUAAGACCAACUUUGGCUGUGGAGGGAAACCCUGUAAAUGGCGUUUGAGACUGUAAAUGAACUUGUCUAACCCUUUGCUGAUUUACACUAUUGCAGAAGGUGGCCAUGUCAUUCCUGACUUACGGUGAUGUUAUCUUUAGGCUGUGAAGCACUUCAUGCCUUUUCUUUUCUUGUCAUAUCUGCUUAAAAAUGGGAACUUAAUUUUUGAGUUUUCCCUUUCAUGGUUUUGUUGGAAGUCUCUUUGAUUAUUUUGCGAGGCUGAAGUUCACCAAUAUGUUGACAGUUUGACCAAUUACAUUAGUCAAACAUUAGUUAGUGCAUAAACUCUGUGCUGAUGUUCAUAUUCUGCCUUCUGAUUUAGGUACUAAUUGCCACAUCAGCUAACAAAUAUAUUAUUGCAAAUGGUGUAUUAGCUGGUGAAUUAGCACUACUCUAUUUUU